UAAAGUCUUUUACAUGACUGUAAUCGAAAAAUAUUUUCAUAUGGUAUUAUCUUUUAGACAAAUACCUUUGUUUUAUUCUUUUUGGGUAAUUAAUAAGUAAAAAAAGAAAAUUAGAAUUUUAAAUAAGUGCAUUAGAUCCAAUUUUUUUUUAGAAAACUAAGAUAGCUAUAGAUUGAUUGGGGUUCCACCAGCAACUUAUUGAAUCAUGUUGUCUUAAGCCAUCACAAGUCUAAAAGUCGUCUUCCUAUUCCAGAGUUUUCUGGUUCUGUCUGUAUGUAUGUAAAUCAAGGAGGGGGGACACCUAAAAUGUGCGUAAAAGAGGGGAGACUACAUAUACAUAAGGAUGUAAAGGGAAGGGAAGGGGGGGGACAGGAAUUUUGGCAAAGUUCCGAGGUUAACAUCUGAAAAAAAACAGUCAGUCAGCAACAGUUUACAUCUACUGGGGAUUUGUAACAACAAACAAUAACAUAAAUAGUAAACAAUAAACAGUGUGAAAUAGUUUAAAUUUAACUGAUGAAGAUUUCGGUUUAAAAGUGAAAGCAUGGAUGAAACCAUAGACAAACUUUAUACUAGUGAUCAAAAUGUGGAUAGUAACAAUAAUGAUCUUGCAAAUAAUAACGUGAUCAAUAACUUAUCGAAUUUUGAUCAUUUUCAAAACUCUCUUGAUUUGCAGGGCGAAAGUUCCGCCAGUGAUCAUAAUGAUAGUUUUUCUAAUGAUCAUUCUGUAAUCAAUCCAGAAGAUCAUACUGUGAUUAAUUCCGAAGAUCAUGCCGUAAUAGAUUCAGAAGAUUAUACCGUAAUCAAUUCCGAAGAUCAUACCGUAAUCAAUUCAGAAGAUAAUAUCGUAAUCAAUUCAGAGGACCACACAAAAUUAAAUCCAGAAGUUCAUACCGAAAAAGACCAAGAAGAUCAUGCCAAAGGAACUGAAGAAGAUCAUGUAUCAGAAAAUAAAGAAGAUCAUAUACCUAAAAACCAAAAGAAUCAGACUGAAAAAAAUCAAGAUGAUCAAAAGCAAAUAAAUCAAAAAUCUCUCCAAGACAACUUUUCACGAAGAAGAACAGAAACAUCCGAAUGGUUGAAUUUAAAUUUUUUAUCUGAUAAUAAAAAUCAAAACAUCGGAAAUGCGAGUUUUUCAAAUCUUCCUUUAGAGGUUGUGGAAUAUAUCCUUGCUAAGGUUCAAGAUGUAGAAACACAAACAAGAUGUAUUUGA